AAGUGGAGAACAUCACUGCAUAGUUCGAACUAUUUAAAAUGUAGAAAAGCCUUUCAAAAGUCUACUAAUAUAUUGUAAAACGCUAAAGGACUUAAUAAAUAAUAAGUGGACAAUAAAGUAGAAAUAUCACACGUAUUCUGAGUCGCUUUGCUACAAUAAGAUCUUUAUGUCACCAUAGGAAAGAUGAAUGAACGAAUUAGCUGUUUAAACGUAAAUUAUAAUUACCAUCAAAAGAGGUCAAUUAAUUAAAACAGCUACAUUAGUGCUUAGUGAUAUUUGCAGUAAUUAUAUAAUAGCAUAAGGAAUUAAGUUUUGAUACAUUUGAGAUAAAUUAUACGAGACGAAGAUGACGGUCGAUUUCAACGAUUAUUUUUGGGGGGAGAAGAACAAUGGGUUUGAUGUACUCUACCACAAUAUGAAAUUUGGUUGGGUGGCGAGCAAAGAGCUUUCUGAGUUCUUUCGCGAAAAGUCCAAUAUUGAAGAACAGAACUCGAAAUUAAUGGCUAAGUUGGCACACAAAGCCAGUACAGGUACACUGAACAGCACAUUUGCCCCCGUCUGGACUAUACUACGCACUUCAGCCGAGAAGCUAUCCACACUACAUCUGCAAAUGGUGCAAAAGCUGACGGAGCUUGUGAAGGAUGUCGCUAAGUAUGCCGAUGAAUUGCAUAAAAAACACAAAACCGUUAAGGAGGAAGAAUCACAUACCUUGGAAUCUGUGCAAGCGAUGCAGACAUCAACAGCUGCUGUUCAAAAGCUACGUGACCUUUACGCGAGCAAAGUGCUGGAAUUGGAAAAGUUACGCAAGGACAAUGCCUCACAGAAGGACAUCGAAAAAGUCGAAGCAAAAUUGCGUAAACUACAAGAUGAAUAUAAAGCGCUACUCGAUAAGCAUAAUCCGAUCAAGAAUGACUUCGAGCGGCGCAUGACACAGACUUGCAAGCGUUUUCAAGACAUUGAAGAAGUUCAUUUGCGUCAAAUGAAGGAGUUCUUAUCCACAUUUUUGGAGAUGUUGCAAAAUAAUCAUGACAUGGUUGGACAGGUGCAUUCGGAUUUUAAGCGUCAAUUUAAUGAUAUGACCGUUGAUAAACUUUUAGAGCAAUUUGUGCUAAACAAGUACACUGGCUUGGAGAAACCAGAAGUUCCCGAACUCGAAAUCAUUCCACUCUCUAUACAACAGCAGUCCGUCUCAGCUACGCGCUUAAAUCAUCCAGGCGGUACUGCUGCGGCUGCUUCUAAUUCGAAUUCAGCCACAAGCAUACAAGGUGCCAUAUCACGUAUUACUAGCGGUAGCAUAUCAAUGGAUCAACGUGGCAGUGUUGGUGUCGAGGCCGGUUCUUUAGGCAGUGGUGCUGGCGGUAUUGGUGCAGUGGGUGGUAGUGGUAGUGGCAGUAAUAGCCUAAUAAACGCUGAUGACAACAUUUUGGGCAUGCAGACAUCACCACGCGCAACAUCACCAAUUUUAUUGAAUACCGCCGCUGAUGUUAUAUCAGGUACUAGCGUAAGCACUACACCAGCAGCAGUGCUGACAAACACAUCGGCGAACACUUCCACAGUGCGCAGCAAUUUCCUAAAUUGGUUUUCUUCAAGCAUUCCAAGCAGCAAGCAACAACCAGCAAACUCCAACGCUGGAGCUACUGCUGCAGCAACAACCGCUAAUAGCGGUGGUGGGAAUUUCGGUACGGAUAGCAUUGGUACUACCCACACCGGCACAGCCAUCAUGAAAAAUUCCCUAAACUCAGAGCUUCAGUCACUGCAGGAUAAUAAUAAUCAAGAUCACACAUUAGUCGAGCCGCAUCUGCAACAACGCGCAUCUUCACCAACGCCGACAGGCAGCAGUUCAGCAAUGAAUCGAAAUUACACAGAACCGCUUUCUACAUCACUCAAUGAACGUUCUAACCAUAUGCAUAGUAAUCCGCAUUCAGCGUCCAUGAGUGGGGCUUCUGUAUCAGCAACUAGUGCGGGUGCGUCUGUGGGAAACUCACGCCGCACAACCUCGCUUUUGAAUAUUUUCACAUCAAAUUCUCAGGUAUCUGGUAUUUUGCGUAGCCGUCGAGAUAAAGCGAAAACUAAAAAGUCUAAAAAGAAGAAAGAUGGCGAAGCGGCAGAUAACAUACAAGAAGAGCAACAGGGAAGUGUGGAUCGCGGCAACAUCUCCUAUGAUACUGACGAUAUCAAUAGAAUGAAAACACAAAAUUCCAGCGGCAGCAGUGCCGGAGGAUUGGGUUUAUCAUCUGCUUCAGCACCGGGCAGCGUGGACUCAUCGGGCGGUGGUGCCGGUGCUCUUGGCGUAAAUAUAUCGGAAAAUAUUGGAAGUAGCUCGGCAGGCAAUGCUAUUAACGCAACAAAUAAUACAAACAAAAAUAGCAGUGCUUCUGGAAAUGGCACAGCUAGUGGUGGUGCAGGAGGCAUUAAAGCAUACGGCGCUAAUGAGGUUGACGAAGAUGGAUACAGCAUGCAGCCGCCCAAAGAAAUUGCCUGGGACGAAAAUCACGAUAAAACUGGAAGUUUCUACUCUGAUUCCGACUCAGAUUCAGACAACGAUAAGCCAGAAAGACGCAUACAUGUGAAGAUUAAGCCACUGAACAAUGGCCAAGCGCCAAUGUCCGCAAGUGUAGAUGAGUUGCGCGCUACUGUAGAGAAUAUAUCAUUGUCGCCCACCAGCGUAUUUUCGACUUUUAAUCAACAACACAGCAAUCAGCAAUUGCAGCAAUCUCGUAUCGCUUCGCGUCAGCAAUCGCCUGAGAUAUCCAAUGCGUCUACACCAACCGCCACGGUGCAUCCAUAUGCACCACUACAAAGUCCUACACUCUCCAUGUCGAAUAACUCGAGAUACGCUGACUUAGGCGAUAUAUUUUCUGAGUUGGGUGAUGUAAGUGCCUCUGCGCCCGCUUCCGCCACACUUUCGAAAUCAAAUAGCCGGCAAAUACCCACACCAACAUCCGCUAACAGUAUUGCAAUACCAAGACCACCUUCACGUCGCUCCGAAAUGGUAAUGGCGCCUUCAGUAGCAGUGGCUCGUGGGCGCAUUAGUCCAUCUCCAGCAAUGAAUCGCGCAGACAGUGUUGGCAGUUUAGAAUUCCGCACUGCUAUCGGUGGUAUAGGGUCAUCGCGUGGUCCAUCGCCGCUCACCAUUGGCAUUUCAGACACGAUUCCAUUAGCGGUGGCAUUCCAUGAAAUUAUACACGCAUACUUUAGGGGUAGCGAUGAAUCGCGCUGUCAGGUGAAAAUCUCUGGCGAUAUGAUGUUAUCCUUUCCAGCUGGGAUUGUAGGCCUUCUAGCGAAUAAUCCUAAUCCAGCGAAACUCGGCUUUCGUAUCAAGAAUGUUCAAAAUUUGGAAAAUUUACUACCAAAUUCAAAAUUAGUGCAAAUCGAUCGUAAUCAAUCGAGCACCUUUAGUACAUUAUUGGAAUUCAAUAUGCCUGCUUUGACUGCAUUGUUGCGCCACCAAGCCGAGCAUAAUCCCAACGCGUCAUACUUUAAUGUGGAUAUAUUGAAAUACCAAGUGCGCUCUAAGCCUGGUGCGUCAUCGUGUCCUUUCCAGUUGGUUUCUUAUUGGAAGUGUGAACCUACGUUUACGGCGCUCAAAAUUGAUUACAAAUACAAUAACCAUGCAAUGGCAAACGCAUCACCACUACUGAAUGUCACACUCUCGGUGCCGGUGAACGGUUUGGUUCGUAACGUGCAAUCGAAACCACAUUCUGCGUGGCUAGGUGAAUCAAACCGUUUGGUUUGGAAUUUCACAGAUAUCUCCCAAAAUUCACAGGAUGGCGGGGUCGGUACGCUGCGUGCCCGUCUUGAACUUAACGAUGGUCCAUCCAUUCCAGCCUUAUUGACCACACAAUUCAAUUGUGAGGGCACUACAUUAUCGGGCAUAGAGUUCGAACUGCAAGGCAGCGGUUAUCGACUGUCUUUGGUGAAGCGUCGUUUUGUUUCGGGAAAAUACGUAUGCGAGGGCGAUGGCGUUCGCAGUGGUACCACUCCAACGCCACCGUCUGUGGGAUCGUCUAGUCCAUUUUCAGCGAAAUCAAAUUAGUUCCAAACUAUUUAAAAUACUAAAAAGAACCAAUAACAAUAUUAGCAGUAGCAAAUGUGUUACAAAUACUAUGCAAAGUCCAAUAAAAUGUGAAUUUAAAUAUCAACAACUAUUCAAGAAUAUAACGACAAAACGUAUUCUUGUAAUUUAUAGUAUAUACAGCUAAAUUUACAUAGUCACACAUUUAAACGCGCUGAGAGUUUCCUGCAUGUGUGCAAGUAGAAAAAUAGGCUCGUGAAUUAGUAAAAAUUUGUGAAUAAAAACUUGAGACAGAGACCCGAAAAUGUCAACACAUUAUUUAUAAGUUAUAUUGAAAAAUAAUGACUAAGGAAUUUAUUAAUAUGCUUUGCUAAUUGUUGUGUGUGGACGAAUGCAGGAUGCCAAGAAGCAAUUGUGGUGAAAUAUCGAAUCUAAAGAACAAAAAUUAGCCUUGCUUGUUGUUUUCUUUUUUGAUUAUGCAAACAUUUGUGUAAGUUCAUUAUUAGAGAUGUAUGUCUAAGUUUGUACCGAGUAUAUUGUGUCGAAAACAAAUGAAAUCGGUUUUUGAAUUGGUAUUUCAUUUUCAAUAGUAUUCUAUUAAUAUUACGAAAAAUAUAUAUGAGUCUAUUGUAUAUCUAACUGGAGAACAUUGUACUUUUAUGUAUUGUAUUGUUAAAACCUUAUUAUUAAAGUGUUUAUGUAGAUUUUAUAAAUGUAUACAUGCAUAAACAUUUGUACAUGCUAAUAUUACUGUAGAACACUAAGUGUUGAUUUUAUGUUUAUUUUUUAAUAGAAAGGAAAUAAAAUAAUAAAACUUCAACAGGAAGCUAAAAUUAUAUGUAAAUUGUGAAGAACUUAUAU